AUGAAAAAGGUCGCGAACAUCCGGGCGGGCCUCGUCGAGGCGUACCGGACCGACCCGAACCUCAACAGGGCGCGAGGCUGGGUCGGACCCAUCGCGCGUCGCCUGCCGUCGGCCACGGCCGAGUAUCUCGUCGAGAAGCUGCCCGUCGCGAGCUGGCUGCCGCACUACGACUACAAGUGGCUGGUGCGGGAUGUGAUUGCCGGCAUCACGGUGGGCGUGAUGCUCAUCCCGCAGGGGCUGGCGUAUGCGAAGAUUGCGACCAUCCCCGUCGAGCACGGCCUGUACUCGAGUUGGAUCCCCUCGGCGCUGUACUUUUUCCUGGGGACGUCCAAGGAGCUGUCCGUCGGCCCGACGAGUAUCCUCGGCCUGCUCACGGCAGAGGCCGUCGCCGACAUCUCCAAGGAAGGCUAUGCCCCUGCCGACAUCGCGUCCGCCAUCUCCUUCAUGGUGGGCGUGUACGCGCUCGCCAUCGGCCUGCUCAAGCUGGGCUUCCUGUUCGACUUUGUGUCGGGCCCGGUGCUCUCGGGCUGGAUCUCGGCGGUGGCGCUCGUCAUCGGCCUCGGGCAGGUGGGCUCGCUGGUCGGGCUCAAGACGGGGUCCGGGACGGCGCAAAUCAUCCGCGACGUGCUGGGCCACCUGGGGAGCAUCAAGCCCCUGACGCUGGCCAUGGGCUUCACGGGCCUCGCGGUGCUGUACGCGCUGGAGAAGAUGGGCACGUCGACGUGGGGCAAGAAGAACAAGUGGAUCAAGUUCAUCAGCACGAGCCGCGCCGUCAUCGUGCUCUUCGUCUACACGCUCAUCUCGUGGCUCGUGAACCGCAACCUCGACGCCAAGUCGUACAAGUGGGAUCUGGCGCAGCCGCACACGCACGGCAUCCUGGCCCCGCGCGCGCACGACAACGAGCUGCUGUCCAAGGUGUUUGCGCGCUCCUUUGCGCCCCUCAUCGCCAUGAGCGUCGAGCACCUCGGCGUCGGCAAGGCGUUUGGCCUGCGCAGCAACUACAAGAUCGACCAGAGCCAGGAGCUCUUCUAUCUCGGCGUGGAGAACAUUGUCAACAGCUUCUUCGGUUCCAUGACGACGGGCGCCGCCAUGUCGCGCACCGCCGUCAACAACUCGUGCGGCGUGCACUCGCCCGUCAACUUUCUCUUCACCGCGGGCUGGAUCCUGCUGACCCUCUACGAGCUGAGCGGCGUGCUGUACUGGAUCCCCAAGGCCACGCUGUCCGCCAUCAUUAUCAUGGCGGUUGUACACUUGAUUUCUCCGCCGCGCCUCUUCUACCGCUACUGGCGCAUGAGCUUCAUCGACUUUGUCGCCUCGCAGGUCGGCUUCUGGGUGACGCUCUUCACGUCGACGGAGAUUGGCCUCGCCGCGUCGGUGGGCUUCAGCAUCGUGUACACGCUGCUGCGGCUGGCGUUCCCGCGCUGGAUCGGCCUGUCGCACAUGGAGACGGAGAACGCGAACUGGACGGUGCCCAACCACGCGCCGGCGGCGUCGAGCGUCGACGUGCCCGCGGACGCGUACAUGGUGCGCUUCACCGAGGACGUGCUCUUCGCCAACGCGGAGCGCGUCAAGUCGUCCAUUGUCGAGUCGGUCAAGGUGCACUACGAGCCGGCGACGACGGACCCGGCGACGACGGGGGCGGGGGCGCUGCCGGAGCGGCGGUGGAACUCGUACGCCGGCAAGACGAUCGGCCGGGUGCGCAAGCGCAAGGGCAUCACGCCGCUGCACGGCGACGUGUGCCCGCUGCGCCACGUGGUGCUCGACUUUGGCAUGGUGUCCUUUAUCGACAUCACAGGCGUGCUGACGCUCAUCGAGCUCAAGACGGAGCUGCGCCGCUACGUCGGCAAGGACCUGCAGUUCCGGUUCGUCAACAUGGCGGACCCGGUGCGCGAGCGGUUCACGCGCUCGCAGUGGGAGCUGGCCAAGGCGGGCGAGGAGCGCACCGAGGAGGCCGACGUCUUGUAUCCGACGCUGGAGAUGGCGCUGCACCAUCACGGCGACGACAAGCUGGAGCUGGUCAAGGAGAAGACGAUGGAAGUCUAGGCGGG